AUGACCGAGAUGCGGAAGAUGCCGAUACCGAGGAGGGUUUACCAGAGCCCGCUGGGGAAGAGACUGUUGCGCCUGGCGAAUUGCCAUUCGAACCACCAGAGGCAGCUGGUUGUCCGGCAGGGGGAUUACCCCCGGGUGCUUGACUGGCAGCGGGCUGCCCAGCGGGAGGGUUACCGCCGGGAGCUUGACUGGCAGCGGGUUGUCCGGCGGGUGGACUGCCUCCGGGUGCUUGACUGGCAGCAGGCUGUCCGGCGGGAGGGUUACCGCCGGGAGCUUGGCUAG